AGAAACUACUCGAAAAAAUUAAUUUAUUACUUUAAAUGUUUUUAUGUUUUUACCGAUUUUGUUAUUGAAUUGUGGAUUCCCUAAUUGACAUUUUAUUACACGUGGUAGACAACAGUACAUUGAUUAAAAAAAUAACGAUGCACACUGGAUUCGUUCUAAUGAAUACAUACGUCAAAGUUCCAACCUUAUCUGUUUUAAGAAUAUGUUUUAACAGACACAAACACCACAAUAUUACUCAAAGACGUUACCGCCAUAAUCAAGUACAAGAAGUGAACAAAAAGACCAUUGGAAUUAUUGGAUGUGGGGCAUCCGGUUUGGCGGCUCUGAAAAAUUUUGCAGCUGAAGAUUCACUGUUCAAAUGUGUUGCGUUUGAACAGACUGCUAGCAUAGGAGGUACAUGGGUGUAUACAGAUGAUGUCGACCGAGAUCAGUAUGGCUUACCAGUUCACUCCAGCAUGUACAAAAGCCUGAGGUCAAAUCUGCCAAAAGAAAUUAUGGAGUUAAGUGGGUUUCCACAUAAAGGCGUUGGCGACGCUUGCUACUUUCCAGCUGCAUACAUACAGAAAUAUCUGAACGAUUUUACUGACCAUUUUAAUUUAAGAUCAUAUAUUAAGUUUCAACAUCAUGUCGAAAAAGUAAGACCUAUUAACGACAGUCAAUGGGAAGUAAAUGUUCUCAAUUUGCAGCAACAAAGUAAAGAAACUUUCAUCUUUGAUGCAUUGUUGAUAUGUGUUGGUAAUUAUAGCAAUCCUGCUAUUCCAGAUGUUAAAGGUUCCAACAUAUUCAGUGGGAAAAUCAUGCAUAGUCAUAGCUAUAGAGAUGCAGAUAUAUUUAAAGGAAACUCAGUGUUGGUUAUUGGCUGUGGUGCAUCUGGCCUAGAUAUAUCAUUUGGCGCAUCAAAAGUAGCGGAUAAGGUUUUCUUGAGUCAUCAUAAUCCUCGACUAAUGAAGUUGAAAAUUCCAUCUAAUUAUUUUCACAAGACCGAUGUUAAAGAAAUUGUUGAAGAUGGUGUUAUUUUUCAAGAUGGCUCUUAUGAAAAAAUUGACACUAUAGUGUACUGUACAGGAUAUACAUAUAAAUAUCCAUUUUUAAGUAGUGAAUGUGGAAUUAAUGUUGAAAAUAAUGUUAUUAAAAAUCUUUUUAAACAUAUGAUUAAUAUUGAAUAUCCGACAAUGGCAUUUAUUGGUGUACCUAGGAACACUACAGGAUUUUACUUAUUUGAUUUUCAGUCCAGAAUUGUUAAAAAGAUUUUAGAAGGUGGUGUAAAAAUGCCUGUUAAAAAAGAAAUGCUUCAAGAUACCUGUGAUGAAAUUGAGGCUCGAUUGGCUGGUGGUCAGAGAUUAAAGGAUCUUCAUGCGCUAGGUAAAACAAAGUGGGCAAUGCAUUAUUAUACUUCAGUUUCGAAAUUUGCCGGUAUAGAACACCCACCACCAGUGUUAUUACAAAUAUAUUUUGAUGGUCUUGAAAGGCUUUCAGAAGACUUUUUGAACUUCAGAGGUGAUAAAUACCAAAUUAUUGAUAAAGAACAUUAUAAGGUACAAUAUUUUGACCAAAAUGAAUCAAUUAUUAAAAAACAAAUUUUAUAUUCUUUUUAAAAAAAUUAUAACUUUUAAUUAUAUUUUGUUAAAUAUUUGUUUUUAGAGUUUAAAUUUGUUACGUUGAUUAUUAUAAAUUAUAUUGUAUCAUAUAUUAUAGAAAUAUAUUUUAUGUAUCAUGCUGUUUAUAUAUUAUGUCUUAUAACGUGGUUAAAUGUUAAAAUAAAAAUUGUGAUUGUCUGUUAUUUUGUGUUAGGAAAUAUAAGGUCAAUAUAUAAAUAUAUCUACUACCUAAUGGCUAACAACAUUAUCAACUAAUGACAGUUUUAUAAGCCACUAAAUGUUUAUUUUAAAUGUUACUACCUAUGUCAGUUUAAUUUGUUAAUAAAAUAUUAUUGAUCUUAUAAAAUAUGUAUCCACAUUGACUAAAAAUAUAUUUUCAUAUAAAUAUAUAUUUUACUUGUUUUAUAA